UACAAAAAACUGUCUGUAGAUGGUACAGACGGUGUAGACGGUCUACUACUAUACGUAGCUACCUGGUCUACAGCUUCUCCGUGCACUGCCGCCAGUAGCGCUUGAUCUAGACCAUGCACCAGUUUACUUGCUGUACAUCAAUCGACCUGCCUGGUCAGACACCUCUACUCUCUAGGCAGGGGUUCCCCUUGGAAAUAAUCCUUUGUGAACUGCUUGAGCUUGCGCGGAGACGACAGUCUUAGUUUGACAGCUCUGUGGCUGACCCCCUCAAAGCAUUUCUACUUCAUCACCCGCUUCCGCUGCAGUUGACAAGCUGUGCAUGUGGCGGUGUUUGGACCGAUUUAAAAUUCAAUGUUAGUCCCUGUAGAUUUCUUUGUAUCCUGAAUCGCCCGUCAUCUCCUUGAUACUAGCGGAUAGUUAUCGUCGCCACUCCCUUGUCCAUUGCAGGGAAGCGAGGCCGAAACGUUACCUUCGAAUUUGGCAAAGGAGAUACAGCUAAAGCAUUUGGAACGACCAAAGCGUCAUCACCGGACGGAGCCAAACGUAAAUAUUGCCGCCUAGUGACGGGUAGCCACUCUCACCUGUGCUGCCAAUGCUGUUACAAUCAUGGAAGCGGAUCCCAAUGCUGUUGAACGAGGCAAGAUCACCCAGGCCACUAAUGCGUGGAUACCUCAAGUACUGACUAAAAGACCGUACUGGAUAUCUGGCAUUCUAAUCCUCGCCAUCUUACUAGUUGUGUGGAGCAGCCACGGAACGUCGACAUUGAAAACCAUACGCUGGGUGAAGACAUACCUUGAGGGCCAGGGGAAAGUCUGCAAGCCUGAGCCUAUGCAUUUUGGCCUGAGAAAGCCUUGUCCUGGACUGCCAAUUCGUCCGGACACUAUCCUUUAUCUAGUGAUGGGCAAGAGCUUCCCGAAUGCAUCGUGGAUUAAGAAAUCUCGCUGGGAGAACGUUUCUCUACACUUUCAAGCGUGGAAGCUGAACGUGACCGAGAAGAUGUUGCCUCUAAUGGGGAAAACGCUUCGUUGGAGCUUCUUCCCUCACUCAACUUGGACCACUGGGCGCAAUAAGCAGAUACAGGAAGCAUAUAACUGGGAAAUGGACCAAGGCUGGAAGUUUGAGUUCUUUGUAUUUUUUGAUGAAGAUGUCUAUCUGAGCUAUCGGACGCCUGAAAAUCCCUCUGUUUCUGUGUGGCAAGGAAGUGAUGAACAUGCCAUGAAGCGGUUUAACAAGCUUCUCCUACAAGAUCGUCCGUUCCGCGCCGGCAUCUCCUUCAAUGAUCACACGAAUGCGGACUACAACUGGUCAAGGACAAACUUUGGUUGUGAGCGUCGGUGCGGAGUGGAUAACGUGGUAGUGGCAAUGCACAGAACUGGUGUGGAACUGCUGCUGCCCUAUCAGACCGAGUUAGAUAGCUUCAGUUGGUGGAUGUCCGCGUACCUCAACAACCUCAUGGCAGCCGUCCUGGCACCGCGAUUCUGUAACUUCUACCGGGAAGUGAUGGUGGAAGUUGGUUGGCAAAAUCACGGCUCAUAUCUACGCGGUGAGUACUACGAGUUGGCAGAGGAGACCUUCCUAGACUGCCUCAUAUCUCACAACUACACAGGUUUUGCAGACAUGGACAGCGGUGAGGCCAUCAGUAAGAUACGCCAUGGCCUUGGCCCAUCAGUGGCUGAUGCUAACAGAAAGUGCGUCAAGCACCCAGCCGGGGUGGACUUCAGAACUUUGCUACAGGAUCAACUAGAGAACUGGGUAGUAACAUGUUUACCUAUCAAACAUUGAUCAUAGUAAUAGUCAUUUUUAUAAGACGGGUAUACCACUGGAGCAAAAUUGGACAAUACACCCACUAACAAUCAGUUGGAGACAGUGGUAGAGACUUCGGCGAUGGCUUCAGAGGAAAGCGAGUGUCAAGUCAAGUUCGCGAGCUCCGGUGUGGGGAGCAACCGACUUUCCUAUAAUAAUUAUUAUCAGUUGCUGAUGAGAUUGUCAUGCCGAUAUCAGUCUUCAGCCGACAAUUUCCAGCAGCCUGACACGCAAGUUUUGUGGAAGAUUGAGAUUAGCAUGAAAUUCUCAGUAGCAACUAAUCCUGAGUUAUUUCUUGUCUUCAGUGUUUAUAAAGACUCUGCAGCCAAUGCAUUGACCACUCUUCCAGCAGAUACUACUACUUCCAUAUACUUGGAACUUAUAUUAUUUGGGACGAAACAGUUCUGUCAGCAGAUUGAGUAAUCCACCACUUUCUGAAAGAUUGAGCAUUACUACUUCGAAGUAUUAUUUAUAU